GCGCCCAGUUUCUUAUCGACCCAAACACUGGUUUUACUGGGCUGGCUUUGGCCUGAAGAAACCUCUCAAGAUGAAUAUGGUGAAGAGGAUCAUGGGCCGGCCCCGGCAGGACGAGUGCAGCCCCCAGGACAACGCCCUGGGCCUGAUGCACCUGAGACGCCUCUUCUCUGAGCUCUGCCACCCUCCACGACACAUGACCCAGAAGGAACAGGAGGAGAAGCUUUACAUGAUGCUACCAGUCUUCAAUCGGGUGUUUGGGAGUGCUCCCCCCAGUUCCAUGAAUGAGAAGUUUUCCGACCUCCUCCAGUUCACUACACAGGUGUCUCGCCUCAUGGUGACAGAGAUCAGGAGAAGAGCCUCCAAUAAGUCCACAGAGGCCGCGAGCAGAGCCAUAGUCCAGUUCCUGGAGGUCAAUCAGAGUGAGGAGACCAGUCGCGGCUGGAUGCUGCUCACUACCAUCAACCUGCUGGCCUCCUCCGGACAGAAAACUGUGGACUGUAUGACGACUAUGGCAGUGCCCUCCACACUGGUCAAGUGUCUGUACCUGUUCUUUGACCUGCCUCACAUGCCCGAGGUGCCCGCCGCCACGCAAACAGAGCUGUCCGUGGCAGACCGCAGGGCGCUGCUACAGAAAGUCUUUGUACAGAUUCUGGUGAAGCUGUGUAAUUUCGUCUCGCCGGCAGAGGAGCUGGCACAGAAGGAUGACCUGCAGCUGCUUUUCAGCGCCAUCACCUCCUGGUGUCCUCCACACAACCUGCCGUGGAGGAAGAGCGCCGGGGAGGUCCUCAUGACCAUCUCACGACACGGCCUCAGCGUCAACGUCGUCAAAUACAUCCACGAGAAAGAGUGUCUGGCCACGUGCAUUCAGAACAUGCAGCAGUCCGACGACCUCUCACCUCUGGAGAUCGUGGAGAUGUUCGCCGGGCUCUCGUGUUUCCUGAAGGACUCGAGCGAUGUGUCACAGACGCUGUUGGACGACUUCCGCAUGUGCCAGGGAUACACCUUCCUCUCCGACCUGAUGCUCAGGUUGGAGCAGGCCAAAGAGGAGGAGUCUAAAGACGCGGUGAAGGACCUGGUGAACUUGGUGACGUCUCUGACGACGUACGGAGUGAGCGAUCUGAAACCCGCCGGCCUCACCACCGGCGCGCCCUUCCUCCUGCCGGGAUUCGUCGUCCCACAGCCCUCUGGGAAAGGUCACACGGUCAGAAACAUACAGGCGUUCUCUGUGCUACAGAACGCUUUUCUGAAGGCUAAAACCGCUCGCCUGUCCCGGAUCAUUCUGGACGCCAUCGCUAACAUCUACAUCGCUGAUUACGCCAACUACUUCAUCCUGGAAUCUCAACACACGCUGUCGCAGUUCGCCGAAAAGGUGGCCAAACUGCCCGAAGUACAGGCGAAAUACUUCGAGCUCUUGGAGUUUGUGGUGUUCAGCUUAAACUACAUCCCCUGUAAGGAACUGUUCAGCGUCAGCGUGUUGCUAAAGGCCAGCGCGUCCUACCAGUGCAGCAUCACGGCCACGCGAACGCUGCUCAAACUCAGCCGCCAUGACCCGGUCUUCAGCGACGUGUUCCGGGAGGUGGGUCUACUGGAGGUUCUGGUCAACCUGCUGCACAAAUACGCGGCGCUCCUGAAAGAUCCAACGCACAGCCAGAACGAACAAGGUAAGACUGACAGGCCGAAUACCGUGGCUGAGGAACAGAAGCAGUUGGCCUGGCUCGUCAUGGAAACGCUCACAGUCCUCCUGCAAGGCUCCAACACUAACGCAGGGCUGUUUCGGGAGUUCGGCGGUGCCCGCUGUGUCCAUAACAUCGUGAAGUACCGUCAGUGUCGAGAACACGCCCUGAUGAUCAUCCAGCAGCUGGUCCUGUCGCCCAGCGGAGAUGACGACAUGGGAACGCUAUUGGGAUUAAUGCAUUCUGCCCCGUCCACUGAGCUCCAACUCAAAACCGAUAUACUGCGGGCUCUGUUGGCCGUCCUACGGGAGAGCCAUCGCUCGCGCACCGUGUUCCGUAAAGUGGGCGGGUUCGUCUACGUCACCUCCCUGCUGGUCGCCAUGGAGCGAAGCCUCAGCUCCCCGCCCCGGCACGGCUGGGAAAAGGUCAACCAGAACCAGGUUCUGGAGCUGCUUCACACCGUCUUCUGCACGCUGACGGCCGCCAUGCGGUACGAACCCGCCAACUCGCACUUCUUCCGCACCGAGAUACAAUACGAGAAGCUGGCCGACGCGGUGCGCCUCCUCGGCUGCUUCACCGAAAACAAAAAAGUAGUUCCCUCCGCAGUUUUCCCCUCCAACGCGCAGCCCUUCCAGAGGCUCCUGGAAGACGAGCUGGUUCCCGCCGAGAGUGUCUGCCCAAUGCUGAAACACUGCAGUAAACUCUUCAUCUUCCUCUACAAAAUGGCCACGGACUCCUUCGACAGUCGUGCGGAGCAGGUGCCCCCCUGCCUGUCUCAUGAGACCUCCUUGCCCUCGCCGUGGGGCACACCAGCAAUCAGCAGAAAGAGACACGGUUACCACGGUAACUCAGGACCUGCACCCAUCAAGGCCAUCGCAGACCUGAAACUGCACCUGGGAAACACUUCCCAGCACACCGGCGAUCCAGUGGUCAUCCACCCGGGAGCAGCCCUGGCCAUGCUGGACCUGCUGGCCUCCGUUUCCUCCGACAGCCAGCCGGAGCAUGCGUUGGACCUGCAGCUAGCGGUGGCUAACAUGCUGCAGAUGUUGGUGCACUCGGAGCGGAACCAGCAGAUCCUGUGCGAGGCGGGUCUCCACGCGCGCCUGCUACAGCGCUGCAGCUGCGCCCUGGGCGAUGAAGACCAUCCUCUUCACCCUCCACUGCAGAGGAUGUUCGAACGACUCGCAUCACAAGCCCUGCAGCCAAUGGUGCUCAGGGAAUUCUUGCGAUUGGGAAAUCCACUGAACUGCGGGGCCUGGGACAAGAAGCUGCUGAAACAGUAUCGCGUGCACAAGCCCAGUUCUCUGAGCUACGAGGUGGAGAUGAGGAACAGCAUGACCAUGUCGAUGGAGGGUUUUGGUCCAGACAGCGUGUUCACGGUAAACGAAGACAACAGCCAGUACCGGAUCAGUCGGAGUCUGGUCCGAUCCGCGGAGGGCAGCACCGUCCCCCUCACCCGGGUCAAGUGCCUGGUAUCCAUGACAACACCCCACGAUAUCCGUCUCCACGGCUCGUCCGUCAUGCCGGCGUUUGUGGAGUUCGACACGUCACCAGAAGGAUUUGGCUGUUUAUUUCUGCCCAGCCUGGCCCCCCACAAUGCCCCGUCCAACAACACAAACGCGUCGGGAGUGAGUGACGGGGCGGUCGUGAGCGGCAUGGGCAGCGGUGAGCGUCUGUUCCCUCCUCCGUCUGGUCUGAGUUACUCCUGCUGGUUCUGUAUCGAGCGGUUCAGCUCGGCGCCACAGACGCACCCGGUCCGUCUUCUCACCGUGGUGCGACGGGCCACGUCGUCCGAGCAGCACUACGUCUGCCUGGCCGUGGUCCUGUCCGCCAAAGAUCGCUCGCUCAUCGUCUCCACCAAGGAGGAGCUGCUGCAGAGUUACGUGGAUGACUUCAGCGAGGAGUCCUCCUUCUACGAGAUCCUGCCCUGCUGUGCUCGCUUCCGCUGCGGUGAGCUCAUCGCCGAGGGCCAGUGGCACCACCUGGUGUUGGUUAUGAGUAGAGGCAUGCUGAAGAAUAGCAUGGCCACCCUCUACAUGGAUGGACAGCUGGUCAGCACCGUUAAGUUACAUUAUGUUCACAGUACCCCUGGAGGCUCAGGGUCCACCAACCCGCCGGUGGUGAGCACGGUUUACAGUUACAUUGGCACACCACCCGCUCAGCGAACACUGUCCACACUGGUGUGGCGUUUGGGACCCACACACUUCCUGGAGGAGGUGCUUCCCGCUUCCAGUGUUUCUGCCAUAUACGAACUGGGACCAAACUACAUGGGCAGUUUCCAGGCCGUCUAUGUACCCUGUAAAGACUCUAAGGCUGAGACGGCCCCCCCCUGUCCUGUCACACUGGUGCCGGAGGAGAAGGUGUCCUUCGGCCUGUAUGCUCUCUCAGUCUCUGCUCUCACUGUGGCCAAAAUCCGGAAAGUCUACAACAAACUGGACAGCAAGGCCAUCGCCAAACAGUUGGCGGUUUCCUCCCAUGAGAAUGCCACUCCAGUAAAACUCCUCCAUAAUUCAGCUGGUCAUCUGAACGGUCCAGCCAGGUCCAUCGGAGCCGCUGUCAUUGGCUACCUGGGAGUGCGUGCGUUCGUGCCCAAACCUGUGGCCACCACCCUGCAGUAUGUCGGGGGUGCCGCGGCCAUCCUGGGUCUGGUCGCCAUGGCGUCGGACGUGGAGGGGCUGUAUGCGGCAGUGAAAGCGUUGGUGUGUGUCGUCAAGAGCAACCCGCUGGCCAGCAAAGAGAUGGAGCGAAUCAAAGGAUACCAGCUGUUGGCCAUGUUACUGAAGAAGAAGCGUUCUCUGCUGAACAGCCACAUCCUCCACCUGACGUUCUCUCUGGUGGGAACCGUGGACAGCGGCCACGAGACCUCCAUCAUUCCAAACUCCACUGCAUUCCAAGACCUGCUCUGUGACUUUGAGGUCUGGCUCCAUGCCCCUUAUGAACUGCACCUGUCCCUGUUUGAACAUUUCAUUGAGCUGCUAACCGAAUCCAGCGAGGCAGCUAAGAAUGCAAAGCUACUGCGGGAAUUCCAGCUGAUUCCCAAACUGCUGCUGACGCUGAGGGACUCCUCCCUCUCCCAGCCCACCAUCGCCGCCAUCAGCAACGUGCUCAGCCUACUGCUGCAGGGCUUCCCCAACUCUUACGACCUGCUCAGGUUUGGGCAAUUCCUCUCCUCCACUCUCCCUACGUUUGCCGUCUGUGAGAAGUUUGUCGUCAUGGAGGCCAUCAAUGAGGAGAAGAUUGAUGGAGGUAAUGAGGACGACUACGGGGGUCUGUUGUCGUCCAAUCAGAUCCUGCUGAGAAACAGACUACUGGACAUUCUGCUCAAACUGCUCUUCACCUCCAAAGAGAAAUGCACGGUUAACGCACAAGCGUGUGAAGAGCUGGUGCGGACGCUGGGUUUUGAUUGGCUGCUGAUGUUCAUGGAGGAGCACCUACACUCCAGCACCGUGACGGCUGCGCUGUGGAUUCUGGUGGUGUUGCUAAGCAACCAGUCGAUCCUGAGUCGUUUUAAGGAAGGGCUGUCCGGGGGAGGCUGGCUGGACCACACGGACUCCGUCCUCACCAAUAAGAUUGGCACAGUGCUGGGCUUUAACGUCGGCCGCAGUGCCGGCGGCAGGUCCACGGUGCGAGAGAUCAACCGCGACGCCUGCCAUUUCCCAGGAUUCCCUGUGCUGCAGAGUCUCCUGCCCAAACACACCAACGUGCCAGAGCUCUACUACCUCCUGAUGGCCCUGUUUCUGCAGCAGCCAAUCACAGAGCUGCCAGACAGCCUGCAGGUAAAUGUCAGUAUACAAUUUGACUUAGACUCUAUCUGGACCUUUAUCUUUGGUGUUCCUGCGUCCAGUGCUGCGCUGGUUGGCUCGAUUCACAGCGUGUGUACGGAGGCGGCCUUCCUGUUGCUGGCCAUGCUACGGAGCAUGCUCAAUCUGCCGUGGCAGUCUGAAGAGGAGGGGUCCUGGCUGAGGGAGUACCCCGUCACGCUGAUGCAGUUUUUCCGUUAUCUUUACCAUAACGUUCCCGACCUGGCCCCCAUGUGGCACAGCCUGGAGUUCCUGUGUGCUCUCGCCGCCGCCGUGUUUCCCUUCAACAUACGACCCUACUCUGAGAUGGUGAGUGAUUUGGAUGAUGAGGCCGGCUCACCCACAGAGGAGUUCAAGGCUUUUGUGGCAGAUACAGGCAUGAACCGCAGCCAAUCAGAAUACUGCAACGUGGGCUCCAAAACCUACCUGACCAAUCACCCGGCAAAGAAGUACGUCUUUGACUUCAUGAGGAUACUGAUCAUGGACAACCUGUGUCUGACACCCGCCUCCAAACAGACACCCAUCAUAGACCUGCUCCUGGAGGCCUCUCCUGAGCGGUCCACCAGAACCCAGCAGAAGGAGUUCCAGUCGUACCUCUUGGACAGUGUGAUGGAGCACCUGUUAGCUGCUGAUGUCCUCUUAGGCGAGGAUGCGUCGAUGCCCAUCACAAGCGGAGGCAGUUACCAGGUUCUGGUCAAUAACGUGUUCUAUUUCACCCAGCGUGUGGUGGACAAACUCUGGCAGGGAAUGUUCAACAAGGAAUCCAAACUAGUGGUGGAGUUUAUCGUCCAACUCAUCAGCCAGUCAAAGCGCCGGUCUCAGGGCUUGUCUCUGGACUCUAUCUACCACUGUCUGAACAGAACCAUCCUGUACCAGCUGUCCCGCCCACACAAGACCGUCCCGCAGCAGGUGGCUCUACUGGACUCCCUGCGUGUGCUCACCGUGAACCGGAACCUGGUCCUGGGCCCCGGUAACCACGACCAGGAGUUUGUGGCCUGUCUGGCCCACUGCCUCAUCAACCUGCAUGCUGGGAGCAGUGUGGAGGGGUUUGGUUUGGAAGCUGAGGCCAGAAUGACGACCUGGCAUGUCAUGAUUCCCUCAGAGAACGAGACAGACGGUGGACACAGCCCAGAUGUCAGCGAAGGUCGUCAGCUCUUACUGAAGGCGGUAAAUCGCGUGUGGACAGAAUUGAUGCACUGUAAGAGACAGAUGCUAGAGGACAUCUUUAAGGUGUCUCUGCCCACCAAUGACCGCGGUCACGUGGACAUCAACACCGCCAGGGCUGCCCUCGAGGAACCUGCUGCCAAGAGCUGGCAAAACCAUCUGGCCCACGAGAAGAAGUGUAUCAGCAGGGGGGAGGCCAUCGUCCCCGCAACCCAGUCCAAACUGUCACGGGUCAGCAGCGGUUUUGGUCUGUCCAAACUGACAGGUGCCCGACGGAGCAAAAAGGAGAGCGGCAUGAACAAAAACAAUCUCUCUGCACAGGAAACGUCCCAGUGGAUGUUUACCCAUAUUGCCGUGGUGCGGGACCUGGUGACAAUGCAGUAUAAAGAGUACCAGGAGAGGCAGCAGAACGCUCUGAAAUAUGUCACAGAGGAGUGGGCGGGGAUAGAAUAUGAGUUGCUACGGGAGAGGGGUCUUUGGGGCCCUCCGAUUGGCUCCCACCUAGACAAGUUCCAAUUGGACAUGACAGAGGGGCCGUGUCGAAUGAGGAAGAAGAUGGUUCGGAACGACAUGUUUUAUAUCCACUACCCUUACGUACCGGAGACAGAGUCGAACAACAGCAUGCAGAAGCCCGUGCGUUACCGGCGGGCGAUCAGCUACGACAGUAAGGAGUACUACAUGCGUGUGCUGUCAGGAAACCCAGGCAUGUACCAGCAUUCCAUCGAACAGAACACGGAGGGAGAGACCACGCAGCAUGAACCGGAGCAUGGAGAGGACACGAUCGCCAGGGUCAAAGGCCUGGUGAAAGCCCCUCUGAAGCGUUCCCGCUCCACGGCUGAUGGAGCUGAUGAGGACAGUCAGGAUCAGCUGCAGGAGCUGCUGGAGUCUGGAGCUGUGGACGAGGAGCAUCGCACAGACAACACCACGCUGCUCCGCCUCCUCGAGGAGGGAGAGAAGAUCCAGCACAUGUACCGGUGCGCCCGUGUGCAGGGCCUGGACACGAGCGAGGGUUUGCUGCUCUUUGGAAAAGAACAUUUUUACGUCAUCGACGGCUUCACCAUGACCGCCACGCGAGAAAUCAGAGACAUCGAUACACUCCCCGCAAAUAUGUAUGAGGCCAUAAUUCCCAGAGGAGCGAGACAGAGCCCCAGUCAGCUGAAGAGGACAUGUAGUAUUUUUGCCUAUGAGGACAUUAAAGAGGUUCACAAACGCCGCUACCUGCUCCAGCCAAUGGCAGUCGAAGUAUUCUCAGGUGAUGGGCGGAACUACCUGCUGGCCUUCCAGAAGGGAGUGAGGAAUAAGGUCUACCAGAGGUUCCUGGCAGUCGUGCCUUCGUUGGCUGAUAGUUCAGAGUCUGUCUCUGGCCAGAGGCCAAACACCAGUGUAGAACAAGGCUCUGGCCUCCUCAGCACCCUGGUCGGUGAGAAGUCAGUGACCCAGCGCUGGGAGAGAGGAGAGAUCAGUAACUUCCAGUACCUGAUGCAUCUGAACACGCUGGCUGGCCGCUCCUACAACGACCUGAUGCAGUACCCUGUGUUCCCAUGGAUUCUUGCAGACUAUGACUCUGAGGAGUUGGAUCUGAAUAAUCCGAAGACAUUCCGCAACCUGUCCAAGCCGAUGGGAGCUCAGACGGACGACCGGCUCAUCCAGUAUAAGAAGAGAUUUAAGGACUGGGAGGAUCCCAACGGUGAGACACCAGCGUAUCACUACGGGACACACUACUCCUCAGCCAUGAUCGUAGCGUCUUACCUGGUCAGAAUGGAACCGUUUACACAGAUCUUCCUCAGACUUCAGGGCGGCCAUUUUGACCUUGCCGACAGAAUGUUCCACAGCGUCCGGGAAGCCUGGCUCUCCGCUUCCAAACACAACAUGGCCGACGUCAAGGAGCUCAUCCCGGAGUUCUUUUACCUCCCAGAAUUCCUGCUCAACUCCAACAACUUUGACCUCGGCAGCAAACAGAACGGCACUAAACUGGGUGACGUGAUUCUGCCACCGUGGGCGAAAGGAGACCCCAGAGAGUUUAUCCGAGUUCAUCGAGAGGCUUUGGAGUGUGACUAUGUGAGCGCCCACCUGCACGAGUGGAUCGAUCUGAUUUUCGGCUAUAAGCAGCAGGGUCCUCCGGCAGUGGAGGCGGUUAACGUCUUCCACCACCUGUUCUACGAGGGACAGGUGGACAUCUACAACAUCAACGACCCACUCAAAGAGACCGCCACCAUCGGCUUCAUCAACAACUUCGGACAGAUCCCCAAACAGCUGUUUAAGAAACCCCAUCCUCCGAAGCGUGUGAGGAGUAAGUCUAACGGUGAGGCUCCAGGCGUCCCCUCAUCUCUCAACUCCACCACAGACAAGAUCUUCUUCCACCAUCUGGACAACCUGAGGCCGUCCCUCACGCCUGUCAAAGAGCUGAAAGAGCCAGUUGGGCAGAUCAUAUGCACGGAUAAGGGAAUUCUAGCAGUAGAACAGAACAAAGUUCUGGUUCCGCCGUCGUGGAGUAAGACGUUCUCCUGGGGUUAUGCUGACCUCAGCUGUCGCCUGGCCAACUACGAAUCGGACAAGGCGGUGGUUGUGUACGAGGGCUUGUGUGAGUGGGGGCAGAUUCUCUGUGCCAUCUGCCCCAACCCUAAACUGGUCAUCACCGGAGGCACCAGCACCGCCAUCUGCGUGUGGGAGACUGGCAGCUCGAAAGAGAAGGCCAAAACCCUUACCCUCAAACAGGCACUGCUCGGUCACACGGAUGCUGUGACGUGUUUGACAGCCUCGUCAGCCUAUCACAUCAUCGUGAGCGGGUCCAGGGACCGCACCUGCAUCAUCUGGGACCUGAACAAACUGUCUUUCGUCACUCAGCUGAGGGGCCACCGGGCACCUGUCUCUGCCCUCUGUAUUAAUGAACUCACUGGAGACAUCGUGUCCAGUGCUGGUACAUAUAUCCACGUGUGGAGCAUUAACGGCAGUCCCAUCGCCAGUGCGAACACGUUUACGGGGCGGAGUCAGCAGAUCCUGUGCUGCUGUGUGUCAGAGAUGAACGAGUGGAGCACGCAAAACGUCAUCGUCACGGGGCACUCGGACGGCGUCGUCAGGUUCUGGAGAAUGGAGUUCCUACAAGUCCCAGAAACCCCUGCUCCAGAGCCUGUGGAGCCACCAGACGUCCCAGACUGCUGUGGAGAGGAAAAGAUUGGUCGCGAGGGCCCAGAUGAUGACAGUAGUGAAUCUGAGGGUGAGGAGCAGAGUGUUAAUCAGGAACCCAAACCGCGUCAGACCCAAUCCCAGCCCGGCAGCACCGUCCACAGGCCCAGACCGCGCCCGGGAGCCUCCUGGUCCGUGGACAGCAGUUCUGACGAUUCCCGCCGCUGGUCGGACACGCUAAGCAUCGAUGAGAAGGAUGGUUUUGUGUUUGUGAAUUACUCUGAGGGGCAGACGCGUCCAGGCGCGCCCCCCCAAACCCAAAUUCAACCCCCGGCCCCCCACGCCGCGGUCCCACAACCUCUACAACCCACCAACAUGGAGGCCCGGCCCUACAGCAAACUCCGACCCGGCUACAGAUGGGAGAGACAGCUGGUGUUCCGCAGUAAACUCACCAUGCACACCGCCUUCGACCGCAAAGACAACGCCCAUCCGGCCGAAAUCACCGCCCUCGCCAUCUCAAAGGACCACAGUAAGAUCCUGGUGGGUGACUGGCGUGGCCGUGUCUUUAGCUGGUCGGUGAGCGACCAGCCGGGCCGCGCGGCGGCGGAUCACUGGGUGAAGGACGAGCAGGUGGACAGUUGCUCCGGGUGCGCCGUCCGGUUCUCUCUCACCGAGAGACGACACCACUGCCGAAACUGCGGACAGCUCUUCUGCCAGAAGUGCAGUCGUUUUCAGUCGGAGAUAAAGCGUCUGAGGAUUUCCUCUCCGGUGCGGGUCUGUCAGAACUGUUACUAUAACCUCCAACACGAGCGGACCCCAGAGGAUGGCUGCAGAAACUAAACCGUUAC